GCCGCGAGCACGCGGCCCCGCACGCGCUGCCCGCCCCGCUCGGUGCCGGGGGGGGGUCCCGGCCCCGGUUCCGGUCCCGGGGGGGGUCCCGGUCCCUCCCCCCCCCCGCUCAUGGCGGCGGCGGCGCGCGGGGGGGCGGGGCCCCGGCGGGGGCGGGGCCAGGACGAGAGGGCGGGAAGGGGGCGGAGUCACGGUAUGUGGGCGGGAUUAUGCAAAUCACCAAUGCGCGGGCGUGGUCACGGCGAGUGGGCGGGGCUUGUGCCGGGACCCCGGGGCCGGGGGGGGCUCCGGGACCGUUCCGGGGUCACUUCGGGACUUUGGGGCGCCCCCGGGGGACACCGGGAGCUCCCGGCGCCGUUUUGGGGUCCCGGGGGGGCCCCGGGGGGGUCCCGGGGGGGUUUUGGGGUCACACGGGAGCCACGGGACCCCCCCGGCUGAAAACGGGGAGGGGUCUCGGGGUCACCGCGGGGUCACGGGGACCCUCCCGGUACCGGCACCGGCCCCGGGGGACUCUUAUUGCGGCGAGGGGCGUGUCCGUGACGUCACGGGGCGUGUCCGGGCUCUUAUCGCGGCGGGGGCUCCGCGCGCUGCUUAGUCACGGCCCCCCCCCCGCCCCCCCGGCCCCGGGGCCGCGGCGCCAACCGCCUCUCCAUCACCCCAUAACCCAUUCCAGCUUGUCCUAUCCCCCUCCGUGCCUCAGUUUCCCCGCUCUAACCCCGUUUUCCCCCCCCCACAGCCUCUCCGCCCGUCGCUCCCGCCGCCUCCCGGCCAUGUCCUGCCCGUCCCCGCCUCUCCCGGAGCUCCGGGCCGAGGUGACGCCGUCGUCGCCGUGCUCGUCGCUCUCCCGCUUCACGCUGUCCGAGCACCCCGCGGCCGCGCUGGCCGCCAUGAACGAGCUGCGCCUGCAGGGCCAGCUGUGCGAUGUCACGCUGCGGGUGCGGCACCGCCGGGACCUGCCGCCCACCGAGCUGCGGGCGCACCGCGUGGUGCUGGCGGCCGCCAGCCCGGUGUUCCGGGCCAUGUUCACGGCGGGGCUGCGGGAGCGCGGCCUGGCCGAGGUGCCCAUCGAGGGCGUGCAGCCCGGCGCCAUGCAGCGCCUCGUGGAGUUCGCCUACACGGCGGCCGUGGCCGUGGGCGAGCGCUGCGUGCUGCCGCUGCUGCACGGCGCCCUCAUGUACCAGGUGCAGCCCGUGGUGGGCGCCUGCUGCGCCUUCCUGGGCGGGCAGCUGCACCCCAGCAACGCCAUCGGCAUCGCGGCGCUGGCCGAGCGCCUGGGCUGCACCGAGCUGCUGCAGAGAGCAAGGGAGUACAUCUACAUGAACUUUGCUGAGGUCUCCAAGCAGGAGGAGUUCCUCUCCCUGUCCCACUGCCAGCUGGCCUCGCUGCUGAGCCGCGACGAGCUCAACGUGCGCUGCGAGUCCGAGGUGUUCCAGGCGUGCGUGGCGUGGGUGCAGCAGGACCGGGCGGCGCGGGCGCCCUUCCUGCCGGCGCUGCUGCGCGCCGUGCGCUGCCACGCGCUCACGCCGCGCUUCCUGCGCGCCCAGCUCCGCCGCGACCUGGGCCGCGACGCCCUGCGCUACCUGGCGCGCGUCUUCCGCGACCUGGCCCUGCACCGGCCCACGCCGGGACCCCCGCCCUGCCGGACCCCCAAGGUGCGCCAGCUCAUCUACGCGGCCGGCGGGUACCUGCGCAGGUCGCUGAGCACGCUGCAGGCCUUCGACCCCGCCGAGGGCACGUGGCUGACGCUGGCCGAGAUGGAGACGCCGCGCUCGGGGCUGGGGGGCUGCGUGGUCGGGGGGCUUUUCUACGCCGUCGGAGGGAGGAAUAACUCGGCCGAGGGGAACACGGACUCGGCGGCCGUGGAGUGCUACAACCCCGUGAGCGGGCGCUGGGCGCCCUGUGCUGCCAUGAGCGUGCCCAGGAACCGCAUCGGGCUGGGCGUCAUCGACGGGCUCAUCUACGCCGUGGGGGGGUCGCAUGGGUGCACGCACCACUGCUCCGUGGAGAGGUACGAGCCCGAGCGGGACGAGUGGGCGCAGGUGGCGCCCAUGGGCACGCGGCGCAUCGGGGUUGGGGUGGCCGUGCUGCACCGGCUGCUCUACGCCGUGGGCGGCUUCGACGGCAGCGCCCGCCUGAGCUCGGCCGAGCGCUACCACCCCGAGCGGGACCGGUGGCAGCCGAUCGCGCCCAUGGCCACCGUCCGCAGCGGCGCAGGUGUGUGCGCCCUCGGGAACUGCCUGUACGCCAUGGGGGGGUACGAUGGCACGCAGCAGCUGAGCAGCACCGAGCGCUUCCAGGCCGACACCGAGACCUGGAGCUUCGUGGCACCCAUGGGGCAGCGGCGGAGCGCGCUGGGGGUGACGGCCUUCAGGGGCAGGAUCUACGUGCUGGGGGGCUACGACGGCCACUCCUUCCUGGACUCCAUGGAGUGCUACGACCCCGCGGGGGACGCGUGGACGGCGCUGACGCCGCCGAUGCCGUCGGGGCGCAGCGGGCUGGGCGUGGCCGUCACCGUGGAGCCCUGCCCCCCCCGGGACCCCCCCCCCGAGGACGAGGAGCCCCCCCCGGGCGGGCCCUGCUGACCCCGGUGCCGCCGGGGGGGGCCCUCCCGAAAUUCCGCAAUUUUUCCCCCCCAAAAAAACCCCCCCCCCCCCAAAAUCCAUCCCCCCACCGGCGGCAGGGGGGGGGGUUGCAGUGCAGAGACCCCUCCC